GCGCAUUGGGCCCUGUUGUGUUUGUUAUGACUCAAGCCGAGGCCUCGGACUAAAUUAGGACCUCGACCCCAGUCUCUGUCCUCACAAAUGCGUGAUGGACAGCAUGGAGCUGGAUGUGGACGCGGAGCUGAUGCAGAAAUUCAGCUGCAUGGGUACCACAGACAAAGAUAUCUUGAUAUCCGAAUUUCAAAGGCUGCUUGGCUUUCAGCUCAACCCCGCAGGAUGCGCCUUCUUUCUGGACAUGACCAACUGGAACUUACAGGCAGCCAUUGGCGCCUAUUAUGACUUUGAGAGUCCCAACAUCAGUGCACCAUGUAUGUCGUUUGUAAAGGAUGUGACGAUUGGUGAAGGAGAAUCUGUUCCGCCUGACACACCUUUCACAAAGACAUGGAGGAUACAAAACACAGGUGCAGAGUCGUGGCCUCCAGGAGUUAGUCUGAAGUACGUUGGAGGGGAUCAGUUUGGUCAUGUGAAUAUGGUGAUGGUACAAUCACUAGACCCACAAGAAAUGACUGAUGUUAGUGUGCAGAUGCAGAGCCCCAUGUCUCCUGGCAUGUACCAGGGCCAGUGGAGAAUGUGUACGGCUACUGGGCUUUACUAUGGGGAUGUCAUUUGGGUGAUCUUGAGUGUGGAGGUCGGCGGACUCCUCGGUGUCACACAGCAGCUUUCCUCUUUCCGAGGCGAGUUCAACACCCAGCCUCACUGUAACCUUGAAGGGGACUACAACCCGUUUGCCUCUCCACAGAAAAGCAAGUGCCCCAACAACAGCCUCCACGACAGCAGCAACCAUACAGCCUCCGAGGAACUUUGGCAGGGACGGCCUCACCAACUGCAGCAAGACCAGAAUGAACUAUCACACAACUCUGUGAAUAUAGCAACAAAUAGUCUACCAUCAGCAGUCACUUUUAACCAGGAUAUACACAAGCCCUAUCCUUUUGGGCACACUUAAUUUAUGGGACUCGUCACAGGCAGCAGCAGUAGCAGCACCUCUGGAUUCUGUCAUAUCAAUAAAGAGACAGAAGACAAUUUACCAGCAUCUGCUGGACAGACUGGACAUUGAAAUCCUCUAACAUUAUGCAAAAUCUCCAUUUCCCAGCAGCCCUUUGAAGAACCAGAGGCGGAUGCGCGUGACGUGAGGCUCAAUCAACAUCCCAUCAUAUUCUGAAUGCAUGUGUGAAUGCUAAGUUAAGAAAAAGACUGCUAUGAGUCUCUUGAGUGAAAUAUUUUUCAGAUUUUUUUUUUCUCCACUUCCCUAGUUAUUUGAGUGCAAAUGGAACUAUAAUGAGAGAACUGUGUAUCUCUCAAAUUCCGUGUGUGUUGUGUAGCCUGAACGAGAGACUUUGGAGAUAAAGCCAUUAAUUUUUGCCAACUGAUUCACCAUGUUGUCCUUUGACUAUUCUUCAUGCUGAUUGGAUUUCUGAACUGGAACCAUCCCUAAAGCUCAUAAGUUUGUCUCUGAAACAAGCCAUUUAUCAGUUUUAUUUAUUUUAUUUGAAAUACUUUUUAAGAAAAUGGAAUGCAUCCUAAGUGUGCGGGCAUUGUAUGUGCAAGUUGAAAAGCAAUAGUUUUCCUCCACUAGAGGGAGCCAUUUUAUCUAGAAGAGAUUACAGAAACUGGUGCAGUCGGUAUGGUUAUGGUGUGUUGAUGUUUUUGGAGCUCCUCCUUUGCAAAAAGAUGGAUUUUAUGAACCUGAGUCUAGCAGUACUAAUUAAUCAUUGGUGGCGCUUGAUUUCUGUACUAUGAAUAGCAAAUGUUAGAAUUCCGUUUGCUGCAUUAUGAACACAUGGAUAUAAAGAGGCCCUGUAAUAAAUUCACAUUAGAGCUACAGUUUAUGUGUGAAGAAACCUUUGUCAGUGUGUUGACGUGUGCGCUGUUCAGACCAUCCACUCUCUGGGUUGCUUAUCAAUGGUUGCAACGUGCACCAUGGACACAUCACCGGUCCAUAUAACAUGCAGAAACCACAUUAACGCCUGAACCUAUGUUGCCAGGUAACUUGCAUAUCUUUGCUCUUAUUUCCCACAUCUGCCCUCCAGUGCCGUUUUAGAAUAUUAGCAUAAAAUUAUAAUUUUGCAGUGUUUGCAUAAAGUUGAACUGCUCCGUCACAUGACGGAUGAUACAGUAUGACAUGAAAACUAAUAAACUGUAGCCUGAAGGUAAAGCACUCACGAGUUGAAAAUAUUUCUCAAAUAUAAGUGCAUUUUGUCUGAAUUUCCAUGCCAAAUCAGAAUUGAGAGGUCACUUGUUUUUAUCACUUUAAGGAGAAUGUAUCUGGUGAAUGUAGACUCAUGCACCCAAAGAUUUGACAUUGUGUAGCAUAUUUGUCUUGAACUGGCAGCUUGAUUGUUUGAAUUAUUCUGGAGUUCCCUGUCUUGUGCUCGUGUUGCCACAAUUUUCAUCCCUCAUGGUCAUUUGUGAUUCUAUUCAUAAGAUUUACUACUACUACUAUUAUUUUUACAGAUAUUUACUACUACUACUAUUAUUUUUACAGAUAUUUACGUACUUGCACUAAAUGGCUGUUCUGUGUGCUAAUUUAAUUUAUGAAAGUAUACUUCAUUCCUGAAGGGUUUGUUUUCUUGUUUCAGUGCUCACAGAGUGUCAAGAGACCA